AUGCGGCUGGAGAGCGAGCGGCGGCGGCUGCGCAGGGGCUGCCCGGGGGCGGGCGGCGGGGCGCGGGCGCCCCGCUGCAGGAACUGCUGGAGCUGUAAGCGCCGUGCCCGCAUCCGCACCGAUCCGCCGACAACAUCCUCAUCAUCGAGUCCCAGCCGACGCCGCCGCCUGCUUGCGCGGCCGGAGGGCGGCCCGGGCCCGCCCCCUGCCGCUCGCCGCGGGGUCGCGACCCGCUCCGGGACUGCUGGCCCGCACGGGCUCGGCGCUCACCGAGAUCCGCGCUCGCCCAGGUCUUGUGUACGAGCCGGUCGAGGCGCUGGCCAGGCCGGCAAGGUCAGCCGCUUGCUGCUGAAGUUUGCCAGUGGCCGCGGGGCCGGCGGCGUCGAGCAGAGACGCGGAAGCCAACUCCCCUGUCAGCCCCCCAGCCCUGGGAGCCCGGACUCCCCAGCAGCGCCGCCGCCCACGGCCACUCCGGCCCGGACUCCUCGGUCAGCGCUGCACCGCCCCAGCGGGUCCCAGGCCUCUGGUCAGCCCUCCAAACCGGCGGGCCCCCGGGUUCCCAGUCAGCACCCGCUGCCACCCAGGCCGGUCCCACGGACCUCCAGCCAGCCCCCAAACCACGAGCCGGGCUCCCAGUCAGCACCGUAUGCCGAUGGCAGUCCCAGGCCCUCCGCCAGCCCCCCAAACCAGCGGGCCCUGGGGCUCCCAGUCAGCACGCUGCCCCCCAAGCGGUCAGCACGUGCCGGCCCCAGCCGGUCUCAGGCCCUCUGGCGUCAGCCCGUAAACCGCAGAACCUGGAUCCCAGUCAGCACCUGCUCCCAGCCUCCAGGCCUUUCCGCCAGCUGCCCCCAAACCGCGGGUCCCUGGACUCCCAGUUUAUACCGCCUCCCCCCGCCGGUCGAGGCCCCUCCGGCCAGCCUCCCAAACCGGCGGGCCCCAGGCUCCCCAGUCAGCACCGCUGCCCCCCAGCCAGUCCCAGGCCCUCCGGCCAGCCCCCCAAACCGGCAGGCCCCGGGCUCCCCAGUCAGCACCGCUGCCACCCGGCAGGUCCCAGGCCCUCCGGUCAGCCCUCCAAACUGCUGGGCCCCGGACUCCCCAGUCAGCACCACAGCACUCCAGCUGGUCCCAGGCCCUCCGGCCAGCCCCCCAAACCGGCAGGCCCCGGGUUCCCCAGUCAGCACUGCUGCCCCCCCAGGCACCUCCCAGGCCAGCGGCUUCCUGCACAAGAUCAGCUCCAACUCCUUCACUGUCACUCCCCGGGGUCUACGGCCAGGCAGUUGUGCUCCACUUACCAAUGGCCCCUUGGAGCACGGUGCCAGCCCAGGAGGCAGGAGCCUGCGUGCUAAGGUGCCUCCGGUGCCAUCGCCAAGCAUUUCCCUUGCCAGCGACAACACAAGGCCAAAGCCAGAGAGGAGCAAAGAGAUCCAGCCACCCCUAUCCAGUGCCACCCCCAGCCCUCUCCAGCCGCUGUCUGCAUCUGUCCUCAGGGACGGGGGCUCCUUUGAGAUCCGCCCAGCUCCCAAGCCAGACCUGGCCGACAUCCCUGCCUAUGAUCUCCAAGCGCAGGCCCUGGCCAAUCUGCGCCUGAACUCACGGAAUUCCUUCCUCUUUGUGCCCCGCCGUGGCGGAGGACAGUGUCUGACAGAGCCUGCAGGGUCCUUGUCAUCCUUGAAGCCUGUGUGUGAGCAACAGGGGGAGCCCAUAACCCCCUCACAAACCCCUCAAGAGCUCUUGGUGCCUGUGACUUACAUUGAUGAUGAUAUUGUGGAGCUGGACGCUGGGGGCCUGCCCCAGGGGAUGGGCCCAGAUGCAGGACUGAAAGACUCAGAGCAGCCCCAAGAAGCUACCUCAGCCCUGGGGGUGGAGGCUUCUGCUAUACCCCUGUAUAGACCCCAUCCUGCCUCUGCUGCCCUGCAGCAGAGAGGCAGCAAUACGUUCACCAUAGUGCCCAAAAGGAAGCCACCCAACUCUGGGGUGGAGGUCGACGGUGGAGCCAGCAGAAUCCAGCAAUCAGAAGAGGAAGACAAUGAGGAAAGCAGAAGCAAGGGCAAAACCUUGGGGAGCCCUGAUGCGCCCCAACUGGAUCUUGGGCCACUGCUUAAAAAGCGCUACCCCACUGUGAAUGAGAUUGAGGUGAUCGGCGGCUACUUGUCCCUGGAGAGGUCCUGCAUGAGCAAGAUGGGCUCUCACCGCAAAAAGAUGAAGAUCUCUUUCAGUGAGACAAGCCUGCAGACCACGUUUGAGUACCCUUCCGAGAGCUCGCUGGUGGAGGAGGAGGAGGAGGAGGAAGAGGAAGAGUCUGCCUCAGAAGUGGAGGAGGACGAGGAGGACAAGCCCCCUUCCCUGUUCAUUCCACGCCCGACCUGUACCAUGCACGCCAACGUGCCCAGCUCAGGUUUCUCCAGUUACACUCCAAAACACUCCGUGGAGUUCAGCAAGUGGCAGGAGCAGGAAUACGGGGAGCAGCCUGCCAGUGCCGCCGGGCCCCUCCUGAAAGAGGCCAAUCCUCCAGGGAACCAGGUCAUGCUUACCCCGGCCGAUCACCGUGAUCUCUCAGACUUCAGCAGUGAGCCUGCUCUGUACUUCUGACUCCUGGGCCAUUGCACCUGCAGCACGCCUGCCGAGCAGGGAACCGGGCAGCUUCCCCGGUGUUCUGUUCUCCGUGUCCUCGGCUGCACUUCGUGGGAUGGAGACUUUCUGAAGCCCCACAGAAAUGGGCUGCUGGCCCCAGCCCACUUCACCUUGUCCCUGCAGGGGACUCGAUGCCACUGGGUGUUUCGGGAGAAUAUUUGCACUGGAUUCUGGGGGACACCUGCUAGUUCCAAGGUAGCUGACGUGUUCUUCUAGUGGCCUUACACAUUCCUCCUUCAAGAGCAGCUGCCAAUAGACUUCUGAGAGUGACUUAGUAAGGGCAAGUCUCUAGCCCCUUUCUCCAGCCAGAGUGGGCUCUAGAAAGGCUUGGAGACUCUCUUCUCUGCAGUGUGAGCACUGAGGGAUCUCCAGGGCUGUCUGCAAAUCAGGUUAACAGUUGGACCCAUGAAAGCAGCUGUGGACUGGGAGCUGCGUGGCAAUAGGGGCCUCUGCUGCCACUUUGGUGUUCAGCUUGGAGGCUGUUGGAGGUUAAUAGCUAAGUCCCAGGCCAAGCAUGUUUCUGGGCCUGAUACCCAGCUGUUGUGGGCCAGUGAGGCAGCCUCGUUGGCCGAAAGGGGUGGUGCGCACACUGGGGGUGAAGCAUGGUAAGAGAAUGGGCAAAUUGUUCUCUGCUGCAGAUCAGUAAGAGAAUGAUCGAUAAAAGCUGGAGUGUCCCCAGUCUACAAUGCUGGUUUGCUCCCUACGGGCAGCUGGACCUGCAUGACUUGGCCCCUUGAAAGAGUUCCCAAGCACUAGCUUUGAUCUUCCUAGCUCAGCUGUUGGGGUCCCAGGCUUUAAGUACGGUCACUCUGCUGUGGUUGGCCUGUGAACCUGAAUGCCAUCUGCUGGGCCUGAGCCACGUCCAGUGCCUGCGCUCCCGGCCCGGGGACAAACUCAGAAUGGAGAGCUCACCUGCUUUCUAAGUCAAACUGCCCUGCUAAAUCUGCACCUGGCCUUUCUCACUCCUCUGCUCCAACGUGCAAAUGGGCAAUUUCUCUGCUUUCUUCCACAGGGGCCUGAACAAGGAAUAUGCCGUUCUCUAGGGGGUUUAUAAUUCUCUGGCACUAACUGGUAGUGCAGGCCAAUAUGCAAUGCAGUCUGCUAGGCUCUCACUGCUGGUGGACGCAUCUCUAGUACUGUGAGCUGCUAACGUGACUUGUGCUCCUGAGAUUAAAGGAAAUGUGACCAGCACAGAGCUGGCCAAUUUGGGCAUUGUGGAUGGCAGGGUGGUAUCUGAGCCUGCCACCUCCUCCAAAGGACCACGCUCCUGUCUUUUUGAUUUAAAUCUACUGACUUGUUUGUUUGUCUGACUGUGUCCAAUCACGUUCUCUCUGAUUGUGUCUGAAUGGAAAAUCCUUUGUGUACCUUGCACUUGCCUUGAUAAUAGUGUGUACAAGCAGAAGGGGAGCGUGUGUCUAUGUACCCUCUGGCAUUCAGGGCCAGAGGUUUGGCGGUGCCAGUCCCCUGCCCCCAGUGACCUAACUGGGAACUGCUACUUCUGAAAACUCAACUGCUCCGGUUUGCUGGAGUUGCCCAGUAACCCCUGCCCCCCUUUCUGCCAUUGUAAUACUUUGUGCUUCCAAAUCGGAUGAAAGGACCCAUGUGACUCCCACGUGUGGUGGUGCCUGGUGAUUUGUACUUGGAAUUACAGAAAUUCGAAAGAACUUUCUUGGUGGUUUGAUAAAUGAGAUCCAGUAAAUAUCAUGGCACUGAGCCAGUCCUCAGUGCUGAUGGUUGUCCCUGCUAGCCAGUGGUGAGGUGUUCAGUG